UUCAUUAACAAGUAAACCCUAUUUUGCCUCCAUAAUCUCCUCUCUCUACAGAGCUCUAAUCAAAAUCAAUGGCGGUCUUUUAGCAAAGAAGAAGAAGAAGAAGAAGAAUCAAUGGCGUUCAAGAGAAUGCUUGCAUCACCAUUAUUCAACAUCACCAAAAUCUCCAGGCCAACCCUAACAUCUUCCUAUUCCGCUGUCCAGACCCUUCUUCCUCCCACGCCGCCGGAUAGACUCGUUUCCGAUCUCGGAGAUGACUCAAGGUUCUGUUUGCUCCGUCAAUGGCGUUCAAUUUAUCAGUCGGCUGUAAUAGCUCCGGACAUUCGAUCAUUUCCGGCAGGAGAGAAGCUACGGGAGAGGUUACGGGAUUUGGAUAUAAGGAAGGAUAGGAUUAGGCUCGAUGGACUUAGUCCUCCUUCGUUCCACGCAGAUCUGACGUCUUCGAAUGCGAAUGUUACGGUAGACGCGGCGAAGAAGUUGAUUAAAUUGUCGCCGAUUCAUUUGGUGAAGUUGCGACUCAGACAGAUGACGAUGGAUCAUAUUACUUAUUCUGAAUUGGUUCGUAUCUGUAGUGAAGAAUGUUCGAGUAAGGAGGUAGCUUUGGAAAUGGCGGAGACGCUUGGGAAAUCGUGUGUAGUGAUUGUAUUGGAUGAUACUGUGUUCUUGAAACCUGAUAAGGUUAUGAAAGUUGUGAGCAGUCUACUCCCCCAUCGAUCAUCAGACAAAAACGAUCCAAGAUUCAAGGAGCUCGAAGAAAUGGAGAAGCAAAAGAACAUAAUAGAAAACAAGGCAAUAUCUCUUGUCCGAAAAGAGUUAUGGUUCGGGCUUGGUUACCUAAUAGCUCAAACUGGUCUUUUCAUGAAACUCACUUUCUCUACACUCAAUUGGGACGUGAUGGAACCUAUCUGUUUCUACGUAACUUCGUUUUACUUCCUGGCCUGCUAUGCUUUCUUCCUCAUGACGUCUAUAGAACCUUCAUUUGUGGGAUUCUAUCAGAGCCGAAUCGCUGUUAAGAAGAAGAAGCUGAUGAAGAAAUUCGAUUUCAAUGUUGAGAGGUAUAACGAACUCUUGGCUGUCUUCUAUCCUUAUUCGGAUUCACAAGCCAUUGUUGGACAAGAAAUAGUAACAUAACAUAGAAUCAUAGAAUGAUAUUUGAUGUACAAUUUUCAUUUUGUUGUUUAUUUUAAGAUAGUAGUGUUGGGUUAGAGUGUAACGGCAUAUACCUUUAAAGCUAUAAUUGAGAUAUUGCACUAAAUAAUACCAAUUUUCUUAUGAUA